AUGGCUACUACAACUUCUAUCAUCUCAAAAUUUGAACGUAAAGUUGCAUUACUUAUUGGAAAUCAAAAUUAUUGUCGAUUUGAAGAUAGACUUCGUCAUACAAUCAAUGAUGUUGAUGAUAUUAGUGCUGUUUUACGAAAUAUGAAAUUCCAUGUUAAAACAAAACAUGAUUUGUAUAAUUCACAAAUGAUUUGUACAUUUUCAGAUUUUUCAAAAACAAUUAUUGAUGGUGAUUUUAUUUUAUUUUAUUUUUCUGGUCAUGGUUGUGAAAUUAAUGGAAGACAUUAUUUAUUACCAAUUGAUGAUGAAUUAAUUGAAAUUGACAAAGGUAUAGAAAAUUGUGCGAUUAACAUUGAACAGAUUCUUCAUCAAUGGUCAAAACAAUAUUCAUCGUCUAUUAUCAUAUUUAUAUUAGAUUGUUGUCGAUUACCUUAUCCAUACAAAGGAAAGACAAACAAUGUUAAAUGUGAAAGUAAUAAUCCACAUGAAAGGCAGUUACCUGUUGGCACGUAUGUUGUCUUUGCUUGUAGUCCAUAUCAAAUUGCUUCUGAUGGUUUAUUAACUGAAAGAAACGGAUUAUUUGCAAAACAUUUAUUAAAACAUAUGACAAAACCAAAUAAAGAUAUAAAACAAUUAUUUCGAACUGUAACUAAUGGGGUUUGUAUCGAAAGUAAACAACAACAAAAACCAAUACGUAUUGAUAGUUUGAAAGGUUUCGAGCAAAUUUAUUUAAAUGAAAAACCUCUUAAUACAGAUUAUGGUAAGAAGAAAAGCAAAUCCAGAAAAUCAUCACUUCUACAGUGA